AUGGCAGCUCCGUUACCCAACGAUGUGGUUUUGAUCAUAAUAUCGCAUCUGGACGUCGACACCUUCCUCGACUUCCGCCUGACUUGCCAUAACUAUCAUGUCCUCAUCAGCGCUCACAUCAAUGAACUUUCCGGAGCAGUUGCCCGUAACACUUUUCCUGGGCAGACCAGGAUCUUCACAGAGGUCUCAAACACUGGACUAACCCACAUACAAUGGCUCAAAUCUCUUCGAUACCAUCAACUAGGAUCCAUCUUGGUAGAGCAGACAGCCCCAUAUUCCUACCGAGCUUUCCCUAUAGCAGCAAAUGAUCCAGCUGGUGGAUAUGAUCGAGACAGGUUGGCUCAGGCCUGGAAGACGUUUACAAGCCUCGCUUCGAUGGAAGUGGACUCAUCAGUGCAAUCGGGCACAGCCCUCGACAACGCGCUCAACCUCUGCCGCAAGCAAUGUGAACACAUCCUGACUGUGCCGUAUCAGAAUAGCCGCCACCUCAGUACACUCCUACGCUUACUACAGAAAUACAUCAUCGGCGAGCCUUCGCCUGAAAGGGACGCUGCCGCUAUGGCCUGGCAACCAAUUCUAGCAAUUCUCCUACAAGAGGGCCCCGAAUUGUUCUGGAAGUCCUGGUGGGUAAGUAGAUGUGCUUCCGAAACAGACAGGUACCUGAUUAAACGCACCCUCGAAAACGCAUGGAGAGCCUCCACCGCCGAGGACUUGAGGAUGUUAGGUCGCAGAAUCAAAGUGCUGCUAGCAGUCAACGUGAGGAUGCGAAAGUACGGGAUGAGGGCGAUGAGGAAACAUUCUGCUGGGUCGAGUACGCCGACCACGAUAGGGCCACAUGAGAAUCCGACUGCGCGAGAUACUGGGAUUGAGUUCUCGACAAGAAUUGUCCAAGUCGAGCAGCUGGUUGAGGGUAUCGAUAAGGGUAAAGUCCUAUUAUCUGACCAAAGGGUCGAUGCAGCGAGUGUGGUUUGGGAUGAGCUCCAAGCUGAGUACAUCUACAAGGUCAAUAAAAAGAUGGAGGCUUUGGGACCUGAUUGCAGUGGACUGCCAGAUCAUAGAAAUGUCCUGUAUGGCAGACCUUGGCCUGGUGUUCAUCGAUAG